UCGAAGGGAGAAAUGUACAAGUCCAAAGGCGCACCUGACGAGAGGACCCCGGUGGUCACGGCCGUGCCGCUCGCAACACCUGUCGGGGGAUCUUACGGCACCCUUCCUGGCUAUGAUGCCGUCCAUGAAGAGCGCAAGCAAGACUGUUUCUGGUUUGCCGUCACGAGUCCGUUCCAAUGGGUCACUUGGAAGGUGGCGCUCUUUCACGCGGCGAACUUGCUCCUCUCCGUCGUGGCUUUCAGUAUCAUUACGUUUUGUCUCUCGCUGGGCCUUGCGUUGCUACCCUUGUGUUGCAUCGGCGUCGUCGUUUUCAAAUUCCUCAUGUACGCCGUCUACUUUAUCGCGCAGGCGGACGCGAUCCUCUACAAUUUGAUCGCGCCGGUCCACGAGCACAUUUCGGUCGGGUUUCCAUGCCCCCGCGGCGGAAUCGCGUACGAAGGCAUCCGCGUGACCCCGGCACUGUCGAGAUUUUCUCGCGACGGCUUGGUUGCCAUAGUGUACUUCGUCUUGGUCAAGUUUCCGCUCUCGGUCUUGUUCAGUUCGUCCCUCCUCGUGCUGUUCUCCGUGUCGAUUUCGUUCAUGUCGUUCCCGUGGACGUUCCCAGCUCAAUGGGAGCUCGAUGGCACCGACCUCCAACUGCUGGGCCGCCCCAUCACUGACGGCGAUGCUCCGUUUAUGAUUGUGCUAGGGGUGUUGGUCCUGUACUUGACCAUCUUCCUGUUGCACGUGUCCGCGCGAAUUGUCCAGUCCAUCACCAAAUUCUGCACCUGCGAGUACUUUAGCGUGUUUGGGUAUGGCCACUCGACGCACGCCUUCCACGGAGGACAGCCCAUCCAAGGCCAGCAGACAUUGUAUGUGCAAAUCUAACGUUAACGUUGUUAAUCUCACUCCUUGCUUGCCC